AUUCCCUUACUUUUGGGGCGUCGGCUUUCUUUCUUUCUACUUCCCAAGCCCUUUGCUGACCGCUCACACUCAACUAACACGUUCACGUUCUCUCGCUCCCUCCCUCCCUCCCUCAUCACCCAAAAAACAAAACCAUACUAAACCCAAUUGAAUCGAACACACUUUGGUUCCAUCUAUAGCUUUGCACUUAUGGAGAAUCAACAGAAACCGCGCCAGGCGCAGCCUCCCUUGAAAUCAAGAUUCAGACGUGUGUGUGUUUUCUGUGGGAGCAGCCCCGGCAAGAACCCUAGCUACCAGCUUGCUGCUAUUCAACUCGGCAAACAGCUGGUGGAAAGGAACAUUGACUUGGUCUAUGGAGGAGGGAGCAUUGGCUUGAUGGGUCUGGUCUCCCAAGCUGUCCAUGAUGGAGGUCGCCACGUCUUGGGAGUCAUUCCAACGACUCUCAUGCCGAGAGAGAUAACUGGAGAGACUGUCGGAGAAGUAAGAGCUGUCUCCGGCAUGCACCAACGCAAGGCUGAAAUGGCUCGUCAGGCUGAUGCAUUCAUUGCCUUGCCAGGUGGCUAUGGCACUUUGGAAGAACUUUUGGAAGUUAUUACUUGGGCUCAGCUGGGAAUCCAUGAUAAACCGGUGGGAUUGUUAAACGUUGAUGGGUACUACAACUCACUCCUAUCAUUCAUUGACAAAGCAGUCGAUGAAGGUUUCAUAACUCCCGCUGCCCGUAGCAUUAUCGUCUCUGCCCAAACUGCCCAAGAACUCAUGUGCAAGCUCGAGGAUUACGUGCCCAAGCACUCUGGGGUGGCCCCCAAGCUAAGCUGGGAGAUAGAGCAACAACUGGGCUUCGUAACAAAGUCAGACAUUUGUCGUUGACAUCAUCAUAGACGUUCAAAUUACACGAUUGAUGAUUAAUGGCCGUAGAUUUUAGCGAAUUUCACUAUCAAUACACGUAACCAUGUAGAUGUCAACUCCACCGGACGAGUGCCAGUCACCACAGUUCUUUUAACUAGCUGUGGUUCAUGAUUUUUAUUUUAUUUUUAUUUUUAUUUUUUGUGAGCUUUAAUUGUUUUUCUUUAAUUUAAUUUGUCGAUUCGAAUCUGACCUGCAUGUCAAAAACAAUUGUGAUAUUUUUAAUACAAGCUUUUACCAUGUCGGUGUAUAUAUAUA